AGUUUCGACUGCACGACCGCUAUAUGAGAAUAAAGAUGUAAUGACCAUGACUGAACGCUACAUGUACUCAACGGAAUCUCAGUAACACAGUGUUCCUCUCUUGGAGGCUGCGAGGUGCCGACUCGUGUGUUUCCAUCUGUCCCGUGACCGCAAUGUCGCGAACCUCGGCCGGGCUUGUCCCAGCUGGCGGCCCGUCCAGUCCCGCCUUCUCAUUUUUUGCACAUUUCUCGCCACUUUCGGGACACCAGAAACAGGCGGCGCAUCAGAUCCUGCCACACCUUUUCCUAGGUUCAGCCGCUGCCGCCCGGAGUGCAACUUGGCUGCAGCAGAACCGCAUUACGCACAUUGUCUGCGUGCACAACGCUGAAGUCUCGCCUCACGAGCUCAAACGGCAGCUGACAAUAUCACACCCCGCAGGCGAUACGCGAGCGACCUCUCACCACCACCGGCAGCAAACUGUUGCAGGGCAACUCGUCGUCCACCCUGACCGGUGUGUCUACUGCUGCUGCUACGUCCAAGACACGCCCCAGCAGGUUUUUCUCCCUGUGCUCUUCCCCGUCAUGGAUUUCAUUGACAACGCAAUCCGAGACCAGUCCUUCAGGGGAGGAGGCUCUCAGGCGUCUGGCUCUCAGACACCGCGCCAGAGCAGCAGCGCCCCGCAGCGGAAAUACCCCAGACGAAAUCACAUGUUUGUCUCCGCGGAAGAGCAAACGAGCCUUGUGGAUGAAAGUGGGGAAGACGGCCGCGAGUCACGGUCGUCCCCGAAGGGGGCAGACUUAGGCAGCUCGACUCGAAAUAGUUUGCCUCAAGGAAGUCCCAGCGGGGCUCCGCACGGAAACGUCCUUGUACACUGCGCAAAAGGCAUUAGCCGCAGUGCCUCCUUGGUCAUCUGCUAUCUGAUGUUUCGCCGAUGCUGGUCCUAUGCCGACAGCUUCACGUACAUUCGGCGAAAACGACCCAUCUAUCCAAAUGUCGGAUUUCAAAUCCAGCUGCAAGAGAUUCAAAAGCGGCUGCAGAGGUUUCGUCCUACGAUACCGCGUGUAGAUGAAGCGGAGGAGGGCCUGAAACGAGUUACCCCAACAGCCGUUGCAGCCGGACUUGUUCGUCCGGACGAUGACGAGCCUGAUUUGUUCCGGAGAGAUCCUACGGCAGCCGAGAAACUCCUGGAGAUAUUUAAAGAGGCGCGAACGGCUCUAGAUUCAGCUGCCCUUGAACAGAGGCUUGUUGCCAGCAUUUUGACUCAACUUCUGGAGACUCAGGAACUGGUGGAGAACAUGUUCUCGCAAUCUAGUUUGCUUAGGGACCGCCAGAAAUGGGAGCUUCAUGGGUUGUUUUUCGAAAAUCUCAAGUCAUAUGGAGUUGCGGCGCCUGCUGAAGUCCUUGCCACCGCCGAGAAAGUGGCGAAACGAGCGAGCGAUUUGAAGCUCGUGUUCACGGCCACCUUGCCGGGGGUGGCGAUGGCCGACACAGUUGCCGAGGAGAUUCGCCGCUGGGUGCAGGUGGCGACGAAGGUGGCUGAGGAACGCGAGAAGAAGGCUCAGGCGGAGCGGCCAAAGAAGGAAAAAAUCCCGGACGAGCGCUCUGCAGGGAAGCUGAUCAAGAAUUCCGGCGGGGACGCACAGGCAGAGACACCCGCGUUGAGUCACAAGAAACCGCACGACGACCUCAAGGGCGGGGGGGCUGCGGCGAGCGGAUGCCUGAGUCCUCGGAGUAUCCUGAAUAGCGAAAGCACGCAGGAGAAACACUCUCAGAGCGGGCAGAAAGACGGCUCUGAUGGACUCGACCUCUCGUCUGGACACCAACUUUUCGGCACGCAAGUCUCCUCAACUGCUGCCACACUGCGUGAGAGGUUGAAAAAGAUCCGAGAGAAGCGCGCAGCUCUUGCUGACACCUCAAAGGGUCCUGGAACCGAUCAAGCUUCGUCUGCUGGAACAUGUAGGGACGCGCGAAAUAGCGAGGGACCCUCCGAUUCGCCAGCUAAGGCCGAUGAGUCUAGAUCAGGGUCCCCGCGAAUGGCCGUGCCCCGACAACCGCCAGAUGACGACUGGAAAGACCGGCGGCAAAUGAAGAAAUUGAAGAAGCAGAAGAAGCGCGAGAAAAAGGAGAAAAAGAGAAUGAAGAAACAGAAGAAUGGUCGCAGCGGGAGGUCUCUGCGUGCGCCGAGCUCGAACAGUUUCAGCAGCGGCUCUGUGAGCAGCAGGAGCAGCGCGAGCCCGCGGCGAGAGCAUUCGUCCUACAGGAAUCUGUCCCCGUCCGACUUCGCUAGAAAGGCAGGCAAUUCGACUUCAGAUCGGACGUAUGACCGUGAAGAACGAGAGAGGCGCGAAAUAUCCCACUCAUCCUCCCGAGAGCGGCGCCCGCACAGCAGGUUCCACGAACGAGGCCGGUCCGUUGAGAGUCGCGGAAGAUCGGCGCGAACUCGCAGGCGUUCUUCGUAUUCGGAGGAAAGUCGACGUGGCAGAAGAGACUCUUCUCGAUCCCCUUCCUGCGCCAGGUGGCGGAAGAGAAGAAGGUCGAGUUCCCGAUCUCUAUCGCCUCGGAGGCGGCGCGAGGGAAGGGGCGAAGACAAAAGUGAACAAGAGGCCGGUGGGUCCCGGUGCAUGUCCCAAGCAGGAUCUCUAGUUCGGAGUGAAACAAAGAGAGUCGCUGAUCGGAAAUAUUCACGCGAAUCUCCUCCAGCGAGAAGGCGAGUAACGCGCAGCAGGAGUGUCGAAUCGCGAAGGUCCUCGUCAAGGUCGCGAUCGCUCUCUCCCGCUCUCCGCCGUCUGUCACGCGAACGGGCCUGGUCACCGCUAAGUCACAGCCGCAGCAGAAGUCCGCGUGAAGAGGGGCAAAGAAGGCGGUAGUCAUUGCCUUUUUCUCAGCGACUGCUCGUAGGCGCGUCUCUGCAGGAACCUUGAAGGUUGCCUCUUGCGAUGGAAACACAAGUCUGGAGCAUAGGGCUAUGCGGCCUCUGGCGGGACGGAAAAUUUCAAGGACCCACUGGUGUUGUUCUGUU